UAAACAUAAGAAAUUUUUUUAUUAAAAUAUACCCCUCAAUCCUUUAACUUAUAACUAAUGCCCUAUCUUUAAAGAUAGCUAAAUGAAUCUGUAUUUGCCACCCAAAACAAGUACUUGUGUGUUGGGUGUGAGCCUCAGAAUUAGCAGUUACAAUGAGCAGUUUGACCAGGCCCUGUUCAGCCAUUUCUGCAAAUAGAAACGGAACAACCACACCAGAAAGCAGCUUCGGAAUGCUGGGAAUCCAAGGACUACGGUAUGUUCUCUGCAAUUAUAACUGCAUUCAUUGCCCUGGGUCCAAUUACAUUCUAUUCACGCACUCUGCCUCUUGUUCAUGCAAUCCCUGCCUCUGCCCUCGAAUAAAAAUUGAAUGGGCAUUGGGGAUUUGGGGACCAUGAAAGGGAAGUAUCGCCCGUACAUGCAGGAAAACAUUCUUGGCGUGUUGGGCGUGCAGUUGCAGUGAAUGCUGAUCCUUAUCACCAUUGCUCUGUUAAUUAGGCACCUGGGCAUCCUUCUCGAAAACAGAAAAGAGCUAAAUGCAGAGCAGAAGAUAGAGGGCAAACGCAAGGAGAAGAGAUGGAAUUGAAACAUGUUGCUCGCGGCUGCAUAAAGAAGACGGCAGGGCCCUGGAUUGUGAGGCGGGCAUCGGCGAAGGGAGGGCAUGAGACGACUGGGUGGAGAAUUCCCUCUGCAAAGGAAAGAGAUAAGAACAGACAACGGGAGAGGCUCCGCCGGGCUGUUGCAGCUAAAAUAUUUGCGGGUCUCCGUGCCCAUGGCAACUAUUGCCUUCCUAAACAUGCCGAUCAUAAUGAAGUGCUCAAAGCUCUCUGCAACGAAGCCGGCUGGCAUGUCGAACAGGACGGAACCACAUAUAGAAAGAAUUCAGGGUUUGAGUUACCAGCACUGAAGUCUGCCGGGACAAGCAGACCCACUUCUUCGAGCAGCCAUUUUUAUGACCAACGGGAAAGAUCACAAACACAGAGCAGAUUUGAACUGGAACAGGGUGAUUUGAGCUGGAACGGUAAAUCUGGAGGAGGAGAAAGACAUGAUGUUGGGUUUGUGGUUAGAUACAAGAGGGAAGAUAUGGGCCAGGGAUUGCCCAUGUUAUCAGAGGUCGUGUUGAAUGCAGUACAUGUUGAGCAGAGUGAGAAGGUGCAACACGGGAAUCCUCAAUCUUCUGCCUUCAUCCCUUCUGCUGUACCCACCAGAUUAUCGCUCUCAUCUAAACAGAGUCAAAAUGUCUUAUAGGUUAGGUGAGUCUGUAAGUUUAUGAGCUUGAAAGUUUGGUUUGAAAUGGUUAGAGUAAUUGUUUGAGAUUCAUCAGAGUGCCUUUUUCCCCCCUUCUUGUCAACCUACUCACAAGUAAGCCAGAAUUUUACUAUCCUCUUUUCUAUCGUUACUCAACUAAGCAGCAAUCGCUUCCUUGUAGGUAAGAUGCUGGUUUAUAAGAGGGUGAGGGGUUAGGUGUAUAUUGAAUCUCAUCAACACCAAAAAUGCAGAUGGAUUACUGAUGUUUCGCUUAAGUAUAAAUGUUAUGUAAUUUUGGAUUGAACAAAUGAAAGAGCCCAAUUUUAUGAGA